UACUAAUUUGAGUGUCCCGGAUUUAUGUUCACUAUGUUACGUCUAGUCUAUGAGACCAGUCUGCCAAACAUGGUUCACUGGAUUUGUCUGGUGUGACUGUGAGGCCCACUAAUUGAUAAACUAAAGGCAUUAUUUACCUUAACUAGGAGUUAAAAUGUGUUUGAUUGCCAGAAUGACUAAGAAUGAGCCAAUUUACUUCAGGAAACAUUCAAUUACAAGAGUUUGAAAAGCCAGUAGCUCUGAUGGACCAGUGUUGGAGACCACAGAAUACGAACAUAACAGAAUGAGAAUACUGAUGUGGGAAGAUAAAAUGUAGUGUAGUUCAAUUGCAGGUUUGAGAUGAACAGUAAAGAAAGUGUAAAUGUUACAUAAAAUAAAUACUAUUUUCUGAGGUUGUUGUAGACUACCCUGCCCCAUCUCUUGGCAAAAUAUGUGUUCUCUGUUUCCCUUUGUCUCCACUGGAACGUUCUAGAAGCCCUGACGUGUUCCAGUCUACCUCAGGGGCAUAGAGUGAUGUAAUAAUGUGACUGUUAAUUAUGUGUGGUGAAAUUGAACAUGUGACUGUCAUGUGUAGUAUCUAUGUGAAGCUUAUACUUCCAGAAGUAUUUUGAUGUAAUCUGUAUGGAAGUAUAAUGUAUAAUCUUAUCUCAUUGGUCAAUGUGGCAAACAACUCUGGUUUGAAAAAGUAACACUUCCAGGUAGAUUUAAAAGGAAUGAUUUGGCCACCAUCGUUUGUUCUCUUCUUCUUAUCCUGCAGAUCCUGGAGGAUUGAACAUUGACAACAUGAGGACAGCCCUGUGUUUGUGGAUCGUUAUGGCAGUGCUUUGCCCGGGAGAGGUCAGAGGUCACAAAGGUAACGGAGGUGACCGCCACCACGGUCACGGGCGCGAGCAUGGUGGUGGGCACGACCGCGACCAUGGUGGUGGGCGCGACCGCGACCAUGGUGGUGAGUGCGACCGCGACCAUGGUGACAGGCGCGACCGCGACCAUGGUGACAGGCGCGACCGCGACCAUGGUGACAGGCGCGACCAUGGUGACAGGCGAGACCACGACCAUGGUCGAGACCACGACCAUGGUCGAGACCACGACCACGGGCAUCAUCACCAUGAGCCCAGUGACAACAGCACUAAACCAGUGAUCCAAGGAAACGGGGAGUUUGCUUUCAGCCUGUACAAGCAGCUGGUUGUUCAGCCUGACAACCAGGGCAAGAACGUGUUCUUCUCCCCGCUGAGUGUGUCCCUGGCCCUGGCAGCUCUGUCCGUGGGGGCCAAGGGUCAGACCCACCAGCAGCUUUUCACUGGUCUGGGCUUCAACAGCAGCCUACUGACCCAAGAACAGGUGGACCAGACCUUCCAGACCAUCCUCACACGGCUCAACCAGAAGAAAGGAGUGAACCUGACCAUAGGAAGUGCACUUUUCCUGCAAAACACCUUUACACCACGCCCCAAGUUCCUCGAGGACAUGAAGCGCUUCUACCUUUCUGAGGGUGUCACAGUCGACUUCACCAACACUGCUAAGGCCAUCGAUACAAUCAAUACAUACGUGGGGGAGAAGACCAAAGGCAAGAUAGACAAGUUAGUCAAUGAUCUGGACCCAACCACUGUCAUGUACCUCCUCAGCUACAUUUACUUCAAAGGAAAAUGGGAGAUACCUUUUGACCCUGAAGACACGAAGGAGGACACAUUCCAUGUGGAUGAAAACACCACUGUUCCGGUCCAGAUGAUGAGCGUGGAGAAGAGGUUCUCUGUCUACUACGACCAGGAGAUCUCCACCAGUAUCCUGCAUCUCCGCUACAACGACUCAGUGUCCAUGAUGCUGGCGCUACCAGAGAAGGGACUCGCUAGUCUGGACAAGGUCAUAUGCCACAACCACAUCACCAAGUGGCACAGGUGGAAGAGGGCCAGGGAAUACCAGGUGCAUGUUCCCAGGUUGUCCAUCACCACAACAUACUCCCUUAAGGACAUCCUGAGUGGAAUCGGAAUGCCGGACAUAUUCAGUGAUAGAGCUGACUUCAGUGGAAUAUCAGAGGAACUGAAGGUGGCUGUCUCAGAGGCAGUGCACCAAGCCUCCUUGGAUGUGGAUGAGGCUGGAGCGACCGCAGCAGCUGCCACAGGUGUGGUCCCUAUGCCCCUCUCCUCCCGACACACCCCUGUCUUGAAGUUCGACCGUCCAUUCAUGAUCUUUGUCACGGACCGGGAGACCAAGAGUAUUCUCUUCAUGGGCAAGAUCAUCAACCCAGCCAACAAAUAAAUCCGGUGCUAUGUAAAACCAGUGCUGCAGAAAACAUGUGCUCUAUAAAAGCUGUGGUCUAUAAUCACAAAUUGAAAUCUAAGUGCUGUUGUUAGGAAACCAGUAAGCAAACCCAUCCAAACUCCUCUUGGUCAAUCUAGCCUGGGAAGCUAAAGUUAACAAGCGUAUACAUCCUCUGUAUUUACUUUGCUGGAUAUUUGUACAACUAUUAAAUACAUAUCACCAUU